UCUGCCUAGAUGGAUUUCAGAGUCCAAGCCACUGCGGAUGUGAACCGUUUCCAGGACAAGGAGAAGGUUCUGGAGCUUCUCCACUCGCAUGGCUUCCAGUUGACGGAUCUGAAACAAGGUCGGUUUCGAGUUGAUGGUUCUUUUCAGGACCUCAAAGCUGUAAAGGUCCGUUUGGAGCAGCUUCUGGAGUCGACGCCGCCUUCUUCCUCUGACCCUCCAACAGUUUCACAAUACUACAGUAGAAACGAAGGCAGUGGAAGACCUCCAGAUUCCUCGCAUGCCUCAAGGUCUUCACGAAGAGGUCCGGCCUCUCAGGAGGACCGGUUCUCUGGUCCAGAACGGGAUACGAUUACGAUAGAUACUGACGUGUUCAAGUACGCCAGCAAAUUCAGGAAACAGGAGCUUGACUACCUCCUGAACGCUGUGCAAGACCGCAUAGAGAUAAAAGAGGAAAACACCACCAUCGUUUGUCAAGUCGGAAGCUCCAGGACGGCCGUCAAUAAACUGCAGAACUUCCUGAAUGAUCUGCAGAGGUCCCUUCGCACUCAGGAAGUCCCACUGAGGGACCUCAGCUCCAAAGGAAAAGAACUUUUAUCAAAAAUCAAGAAAAACAACAACACUUUGGCUUCGGUUCUGGUCUGUGAGAUGAACGACAGGCUCCACCUCAUCGGCCCGUCCAAGGAGAGCUAUGAGUUGAAGCAGAGCCUUCAGGGGGAGCCGGUCGACCAAUCAGACGGCAGAGGAAGGACGGGGGGCCGUAUUAACAGAGGGAGGAGCAGCUCCACGCCGGCCAGAUAUCAGAAGAGCACGGAGAGAGAAGCAGCUAACGGUCCAUCUGCAGGUUCCUUCCAUCCAAAGGAUGAUGGACUGGAUGCUGCAGGAGCUGCUG